UCGUUGGUUGCACCUUGUCGUAGGCGGAAAGCCCGGGAAAUAAAAUCUCGAAAAACCUAAGAACCCGUCGUCGUGCGUGAUUCGCCUGCCGAAACUGCAAACUUUAAUGGUGCAAAAGAACUGUAUAUAAAAUUAAACUAUAAGUGAGUUGAUAAAAUAUUAUAAUAAUAAAUUCAGUGUGUGAAACCAUAUCAAAAAGCAAAUGAUUUCUUAAUCCAACAUCUUUAAACUGUGUACAAUUAUACGAAAACUAGCUCCUUGCAGCUACAACUUGUAGUGUACUUUCCGCAGAGUCGGGCAAUCCUUUCAAUUGAGCCAUCGAGAACCUCCUCAGCACCGCAUACUUUAACGGCCGCAUACUUUUCCGAGUGAGUGUGUGCAGGCAGCGGAGCAAGAAGAUACAAAAUGCGUGCGAAAGUGAGGCCAAUAAAAGGGCGAUAAAAUUGACGCCGAUACAGGAGGCAGGAGCGGAGGAAGAGGAAGAGCAACGAUAAGCGUAUCCUGUCGGCAGAGUGCAUAAAAAGGCGAUAUAUAUUCCCGCCGUCCUCGAGCCGCGUGUCCUGUGUGUCCUGUGAGCCCCAUUUUUGCUGCAGCAGCCUCCCGAUAGCCGCCGAUUCAAAUGCCUUGGUGAUUAAUGGGCCAUUGGCCACUGCCGACGGGAUGCGCAUAAUUCACCCGUGUCCGAGGACCGAGGGAUACGGCCAAUGGUCGGCCGUGGGUCUCCGGCUGUUCCUGGCUCUCGCCUGGACGACAGCGGCGGCGGCGGGCAUGGAAUCGUCCGCCGAGCUGCAGGCCCUCGGCUACGAGGCAAUUAGCCCGGGUGCCGGCUCCAUUAGCACCACCUCCACCUCCACCUCCACCUCCCCUUUGCCACCUGGGGAGUCCACCCUCGCGGAGGGGCUGCCCGCCCGCUCCGACUGGAAGUACAAGCGGACGAAAGUCAAGCGCCGCCAGCAGCGCCUCAACUCGCACAGCAACCUGCCCGGCAGCACCAACGCCUCCCACGCCCACCCCCACCCGCUCCUCCCGCCGCCGCCCAGGCAGCGCUACCUGAAGGUCAACCAGGUGUUCGAGAGCGAGCGCCGCAUGUCCCCGGCCGAGGUGCAGCGCAACCACGGCAAGAUCGUGCUGCUCGGCCUCUUCGAGCUCUCCACGGCGAGGGGUCCUCGCCCGGACGGACUCAGCGAGCUGGGGGCGGCCACCAUGGCCGUGGAGCACAUCAACCGCAAGCGGCUCCUCCCCGGAUACACCCUCGAACUGGUGACCAACGACACCCAGUGCGAUCCCGGGGUGGGCGUGGAUCGCUUCUUCCACGCCAUCUACACUCAGCCCUCCACGCGGAUGGUGAUGCUCCUCGGAUCGGCGUGCUCGGAGGUCACCGAGAGCCUGGCCAAGGUGGUGCCCUACUGGAACAUCGUGCAGGUCUCCUUCGGGUCCACCUCACCCGCGCUGAGCGACAGGCGGGAGUUCCCCUACUUCUACCGGACCGUGGCCCCGGAUUCCUCGCACAACCCGGCGCGCAUCGCCUUCAUCCGGAAGUUCGGCUGGGGCACGGUGACCACCUUCUCGCAGAACGAGGAGGUCCACUCGCUGGCGGUGAACAACCUGGUCACGGAGCUGGAGGCGGCCAACAUCUCCUGCGCCGCCACCAUCACCUUCGCGGCCACCGACUUCAAGGAGCAGCUGCUGCUCCUCAGGGAGACGGACACGCGCAUCAUCAUCGGCAGCUUCUCGCAGGAGCUGGCCCCCCAGAUCCUGUGCGAGGCCUACAGGCUGCGGAUGUUCGGGGCGGACUACGCCUGGAUCCUGCACGAGAGCAUGGGCGCCCCCUGGUGGCCGGACCAGCGAACCGCCUGCUCCAACCACGAGCUGCAGCUGGCCGUCGAGAACCUCAUCGUGGUCUCCACGCACAAUAGCAUCGUCGGGAACAACGUCAGCUACAGCGGACUGAACAAUCACAUGUUCAACUCGCAGCUGCGCAAACAGGCCGCGCAGUUCCACGGCCAGGAAGGACUUGGCUCUGGGUCCAGGAUCAGCAUCACCGCACCGCAAGCGGACUCGCGCCGCCGGAGGAGGAGGAGCACCUCUGGGGGCCACCUCUUCCCGGAGGCCAUCUCGCAGUACGCCCCGCAGACCUACGAUGCCGUCUGGGCCAUCGCCCUGGCCCUGAGAGCCGCCGAGGAGCACUGGCGGCGCAACGAGGAGCAGUCGAAGCUGGACGGGUUCGACUACACCCGCAGCGACAUGGCCUGGGAGUUCCUGCAGCAGCUUGGCAAGCUGCACUUCCUGGGAGUCUCGGGACCCGUCUCCUUCAGCGGACCGGACCGCGUCGGCACCACCGCCUUCUACCAAAUCCAGCGCGGCAUGCUGGAACCCGUGGCCCUCUACUAUCCGGCCACGGAUGCCCUCGACUUCCGGUGUCCCCGCUGUCGUCCGGUGAAGUGGCACAGCGGCCAGGUGCCCAUCGCCAAGCGGGUGUUCAAGCUGCGGGUGGCCACCAUCGCCCCGCUGGCCUUCUACACCAUCGCCACGCUGUCGAGCGUGGGAAUCGCGCUGGCCAUCGCCUUCCUGGCCUUCAACCUGCACUUCCGCAAGCUCAAGGCAAUUAAACUUUCCAGCCCCAAGCUGAGCAACAUCACCGCAGUGGGCUGCAUCCUCGUGUACGCCACCGUCAUCCUUCUGGGCCUGGACCACUCGACGCUGCCCUCGGCGGAGGACUCCUUCGCCACGGUCUGCACGGCACGCGUUUACCUGCUCUCCGCCGGGUUUUCACUUGCCUUCGGAUCGAUGUUCGCCAAGACCUACAGAGUCCACAGGAUCUUCACGCGCACUGGGAGCGUUUUCAAGGACAAGAUGCUGCAGGACAUCCAGCUGAUCCUGCUCGUCGGCGCCCUGCUCCUGGUGGACGCCCUGCUCGUAACCCUCUGGGUGGUCACCGAUCCCAUGGAGCGCCACCUGCACAACCUCACGCUCGAGAUCAGCGCCAUCGACAGGAGUGUCGUCUACCAACCGCAGGUGGAGGUGUGUCGCUCGCAGCACACGCAGACUUGGUUGAGUGUGCUGUACGCCUACAAGGGCCUGCUCCUCGUGGUGGGGGUGUACAUGGCCUGGGAGACGCGCCACGUGAAGAUCCCCGCCCUGAACGACUCCCAGUACAUCGGAGUGUCCGUCUACAGCGUGGUCAUCACCAGCGCCAUUGUGGUGGUGCUGGCCAACCUGAUCUCGGAGCGGGUCACCCUGGCCUUCAUCACCAUCACCACCCUGAUCCUGACCAGCACCACGGCCACGCUGUGCCUGCUCUUCAUCCCAAAGCUGCACGACAUCUGGGCGCGAAACGACAUCAUCGACCCCGUGAUCCACAGCAUGGGGCUCAAGAUGGAGUGCAACACCCGCCGGUUCGUGGUGGACGACCGCCGGGAGCUGCAGUACCGCGUGGAGGUCCAGAACCGGGUGUACAAGAAGGAGAUCCAGGCCCUGGACGCCGAGAUCCGCAAGCUGGAGCGCCUGCUGGAGGCGGGGCUGAACAACACCUCUACGACGACCUCCUCCUCCACCUCCCUGCUGGCCGGAGGGGGUCACCUCAAGCCGGAGCUGACGGUGACCAGCGGCAUCUCGCAGACCCCGGCCGCCAGCAAGGCGAGGACACCGAGCAUCUCGGGGAUCCUGCCGAACCUGCUGCUCUCCGUGCUGCCGCCGGUGAUCCCGCGGGCCAGCUGGCCCUCGGCGGAGUACAUGCAGAUCCCCAUGCGCCGCUCGGUGACCUUCGCCUCGCAGCCGCAGCUGGAGGAGGCCUGCCUGCCGGCGCAGGACCUCAUCAACCUGCGGCUGGCCCACCAACAGGCCACGGAGAACAAGACGGGCCUGAUGAACCGCCUGCGGGGCAUCUUCUCGCGCACCACCUCGAGCAACAAGGGCUCCACCGCCAGCCUGGCCGACCAGAAGGGGCUGAAGGCGGCCUUCAAGUCGCACAUGGGCCUGUUCACCCGGCUGAUUCCCUCCUCGCAGACCGCCUCCUGCAACGCCAUCUACAACAGCCCGAGCCAGGACUCCGCGCAGGUGGAGGCCUCGCCCCACCCGAACGGCCACCACCUGAAGCCGAUCCACCGGGGCUCCCUCACCAAGAGCGGCACCCACCUGGACCACCUGGCCAAGGACCCCAACUUCCUGCCCAUCCCCACGAUUUCGGGGGCCGGGCAGCCGGAUCCCCAGCAGGGCGGGAAGUACGUGAAGCUGCUGGAGACCAAGGUGAACUUCCAGCUGCCCAGCAACCGGCGGCCCUCGGUGGUGCAACCCGCGCCCAGCUUGCGGGAGAGGGUGCGCGGCUCCCCGCGCUUCCCCCACCGCAUCCUGCCGCCCACGUGCAGCCUGAGUGCUCUGGCGGAGUCAGAGGACCGCCCCGGGGACAGCAGCUCCGUCCUGGGAAGCUGCAAGUCCAUUCCCCGCAUCUCCCUGCAGCACGCCACCAGCGGCGGCACCUGGAAGUCCAUGGAGACGGCGGCCAAGUCGAGACUCUCGCUCGGCGACUCCCAGGAGGAGGAGCAGCCGGCGCCCAACAAAACCGAGGCUCCUUCGAACGGCCUGGAUUAGAUUACCCGCCCUGUCCACUUUCCACUGACCACUGUCCAGUGUCCACGUCCAAGUCCAAGUCCUCGUCAAUUAGAAGGGAAACACCAAGCA